ACCUGAUGGAUUGCUGACGCUAAACUGGCAGGGUGAGUGUUUACCCUGCGAAGGGCUGGCGUUCUGUCCAGGGAUUGUUCCUGCCUUGCGGCUAACGCCGUGGCACUGCUCAGAAUCAAGCCGGCUUAGGAAAUGGCAUGGUGUCAAUUUUAUCUCUAGAUUUCCCCCCAGCAGUUUAAAGGAAGCGGCUGCUAGGACGCUAAUGUGUUGUCAGCUCUACGAAAGACAUUAGUAAAACGCGAGACUCUGCCAAAGCCGGAGAUCAUCUUUCGCCUCCUGCCGCAUGACGUCAUGCGCAGGUUGCCACACUCUUCUUGUGUAUUUAGUGAUGGACGGGAAUGUGCGACUCCACGCACUUCGGCGACUUCUUUGAGUUAUCUCUUGUGUUUACUGUCCGGAAGACCAGUGCGAAAGGGAUCAUGCUUUGAAGAUGGCACCUCCAGGAAAAGAGGAGGCUCUGGAUGGAGGCUGGGGUUGGGUCAUCAUAGUGGUGUCAUUCAUCAGCCAGUUCCUGGCUUAUGGUUCCCCACAUGCUGUUGGAGUGCUCUACCCAGAGUGGCUAGAAGCUUUUGGAGAAAGUAAAGGAAAAACUGCAUGGGUGGGCUCACUUGUUUCAGGGACCGGCUUAAUUGCAAGUCCCAUUUGUCAUAUGUUUGUGUCCAAGUUUGGGGCAAGACCUGUCAUGAUUUUAAGUGGAUUUAUGAUGGGUUCUGGCUUCAUUCUAAGCUCAUUUGCACCGAAUAUUCAGUUUCUCUUCUUUUCCUAUGGAGUUAUGGUAGGUCUUGGCUGCGGUUUGACAUAUGCUGCUACAGUGACCAUUAUUUGUCAGUAUUUUGACAAACGACGAGGGCUUGCUCUUGGAAUAGUGGCAACAGGUACAAGUUUUGGAGGUUUUGUUUAUGCAUCUCUUCAGAUGGAAUUGAUUAAAAUCUACGGGCUUAAUGGCUGCUUGCUAAUUAUUGGUGCUUUAUCACUCAACAUAUUGGUUUGUGGUGGUCCAAUGAGGCCUCUCCAAUUGAAAGGAUACUCUCUGAAGAGAAAGGAGUGCCAGACUGUGAAAAUGGCAAAGCUUUCUGUCCAAGAUAUUAAUGACAAAAAUGACAAGUUUGAUAAAUGCUCAGAAAAUAAUGAAGUAUUGAAUGUGGAAAUAGUUAAUGGUGAAAAAAAACAAAAACGCUUCCAGGAAAGGUGUUCCAUUGCUGCAGUUGUCAAAAACAAAGAUGCUUACUUCAAGUAUAUACAAACCAGCACUAAACUUUUACAAGAUAGACUUUUUGUUUCACUCUGUAUUUCCAUGUUUCUUUUUGAUAUUGGCUCCUUUCCUCCUGUGCUAUUUAUGGAGGAUGUUGCAAAAAACUCUGGACUCAGUGAUGAGGAAUAUAUUUUACCCCUAGUUUCAAUUCUGUCAAUCAUGAUGGGAGUUGGAAAGCUGGCCCUUGGCAUCGUAGCAGAUUUGACCUGGAUGAACAGCUAUUAUCUCUAUGCUUUUACGAUAGGUGCUUCAGGAGCUGCCUUGCUUUGCAUUCCCCUUGCCUGCAGUUAUGUUACAUUUGCAGUCCUUUCAGGAAUACUUGGGUUUUUUUCCGGAAACUGGUCGAUUUUUCCUUAUGUUACUUCCAAAAUAGUGGGGACAGAGACACUUACACAUGCUUAUGGAGUCUUAAUGUUCUUUGCUGGACUUGGAAUGUUGCUUGGACCUCCUGCUAUAGGCUGGUUCUAUGACUGGACACAAUCAUAUAGUGCUGCUUUUUAUUUCAGUGGCACCUGUGUUUUAUUAGGUGGAUUUAACUUGCUUCUUGCUUCCCUAUCCUGCUGGGACAAAAAUAAUUCAAAAAACAAAAGACCAAAUGUUAAAUAUGUUUCUUCAUGUGACAGUGUUGCAUCUUUUGCAUAGACAUUAUUUUAUUUUCACCAGAUUUUUUCAAAUUAAAAUUCCUAAGGGGACUAUUAAUAAUUUUGUAUACAGUAAUCCCUCCUCCAUCGCGGGGGUUGCGUUCCAGAGCCACCCGCAAAAUAAGAAAAUCCGCGAAGUAGAAACCAUAUGUUUAUAUGGUUAUUUUUAUAUUGUCAUGCUUGGGUCACAGAUUUGCGCAGAAACACAGGAGGUUGUAGAGAGACAGGAACAUUAUUCAAACACUGCAAACAAACAUUUGUCUCUUUUUCAAAAGUUUAAACUGUGCUCCAUGACAAGACAGAGAUGACAGUUCCGUCUCACAAUUAAAAGAAUGCAAACAUAUCUUCCUCUUCAAAGGAGUGCGCGUCAGGAGCACAGACUGUCAGAGAGAUAGAGAAAAGCAAACAAAUCAAUAAGGCUGUUUGGCUUUUAAGUAUGCGAAGCACCGCGGCACAAAGCUGUUGAAGGCGGCAGCUCACACCCCCUCCGUCAGGAGCAGGGAGAGAGAGAGAGAGAGAGAUAGAGAGAGACAGAGUUUGUUUUUCAAUCAAAAAUCAAUACGUGCCCUUCGAGCUUUUAAGUAUGCGAAGCACCGUGCAGCAUGUCGCUUCAGGAAGCAGCUGCACAGAAGGUAGCAACGUGAAGAUAAUCUUUCAGCAUUUUUAGACGAGCGUCCCUAUCGUCUAGGUGUGCGAUCAGCCCCCCUGCUCAAUCCCCCUACAUCAGGAUCAGAGAAAGUCAGCGCAAGAGAGAGAGAGAAAAGUAAGUUGGGUAGCUUCUCAGCCAUCUGCCAAUAGCGUCCCUUGUAUGAAAUCAACUGGGCAAACCAACUGAGGUAGCAUGUACCAGAAAAUAAAAGACCCAUUGUCCUCAGAAAUCCGCGAACCAGCAAAAAAUCCGCGAUAUAUAUUUAAAUAUGCUUACAUAUAAAAUCCGCAUGGAGUGAAGCCGCGAAAGGUGAAGCGCGAUAUAGUGAGGGAUUACUGUAUGUUGGUAUUCCUUUUCAAAAGAUUAUUGUUGCCCUUUUUUAAGAGAUGUUUUUGUGAAAAAUGGUAAAUCUGUUAUUUAUUCCCUGUUUAUUAGUUAUUUACAAGGCAUUUUAUUUUUAGCCAGUGGAGCAGGUAGGAUGUAAUGUACACAACUAUUAAAUGUUGUCUUAAUGGUGGACAGAGGUAAUUAUUUUGUGCGUAAUGGUGAUAUUUGUUCUAUGUGUUGUGUACCAUGAUGAUGUAUAUAGUCAUUUUGUUUUAUGUGUUUUAUUUGGAAAAACAAAUAGAAAAAAGCUUUUUUUGCCUCAAUUUCUAGUUAAUUUUACGUGGCCGCUACUAGAAGGAUGUAAUUUUAAGUACUCAAAAUCUAAUGUGCCUGGUGUAGAAAAAACCUUGCCAAAACAGAUUUCAGCUAGCCUGUCUGGUUCAACAGUUAUCAAGGAUAUUAGGGAUGCUCCGAUCAGGUUGUCUAAGGCCGAUACUGAUGACUGAUUUUUUUUUUUUUUCCUUUAUCACUUUAAAGAACUUUUUACACUAAGCUCCUGCAUAAUCAGACUUGUAGAAACCUUAUGUUCUAUAUUAAUGUGUUACCUUUGGUAUAUAAUUAAACUAUAGACCACAGCUGUUAACUGUUCAUUUUUUAUUAACAAAAUGAAAUUCUGUAGGCUUAUUAUUCAGUGACCUUAAAAAUAAUAAAAUAAAUAAAACUAAUAAAAUUUGUACAAAAAUAUGUAUCAAUAAUACAUAUGGCAUGAAAGAAAAUAAAAUGGUUAUUAGAAUUGCAA